AUGGCCCAGAAAGAUGAAGAUUUGGUUAUUGUGAAAGAAGAACCCAUAUUACUUAUUGAUGAAGAAGAGAAUUUUGACGGUGACGGUGUUGGGUUUUGUUCAGAGCUGCCAAAGCCAAUGGAGGGGCUGAGGGAAGUGGCGCCGCCGCCAUUCUUGAAGAAGACAUACGAAAUAGUGGAUGAUCCGAAUACAGAUUCUGUGAUAUCUUGGAGUUCAACAAGGAAUAGUUUUGUUGUUUGGGAUCCUCACAAAUUCUCCAUGGAUUUGCUCCCUAAACACUUCAAGCACAACAAUUUCUCCAGCUUUGUUCGCCAACUUAAUACCUAUUGUUUCAGGAAGAUCGAUUCUGAUAGAUGGGAAUUCGCGAACGACAGAUUUCAGCAAGGGAAGAAACAUUUGCUGAAGAACAUCAAGAGGAGAAAACAACAUCCCCAAAUCAUUCAUCAAAAAGUAGCAGCAAAAUCUUGGUUAGACUCGUCCAAUUACGGACUAGAAAACGAACUUGAAAGUCUGAUAACGGAUCAAAAUACAUUGAAAACAGAAAUCUUGAAACUAAAGCAGCAGCAAGAGAACAUGGAAAAUUAUCUGUCGUCUGUUAAAAAUCGUCUGCAGAACGCAGAGAUGAAGCAGAGAAAUACAGUUGUUUUCUUGGUUAAAGUAUUGAAGGAUCCUCUCUUUUUGCAGUACAUCAAGAAAAGGAGGCAGAAAAAUGCACUGAACGGUCUUGGGAUGUUGAAGAAAAGGAGAUUAAUGAAGAACAUAGAUCAAAGUGUUCAAGAAGAGCUGACAACAAUACAAUCAGAGAUUCAAGCAUUAUUCUCUUCGGACGAUUCUGGGAGUCCUAUACAGGAACACAAGGUUGAAGCUUCACCUGAGACGAAUAGUACAGAUUUGAAAUCGGAGAAUUUCAUACUCUGGGAGAAACUCAUGGAAGACGAUAUGAUUUACGAGGAAGAAGCAGAAACAGAAACAGCAAAGCAACAAUCUGAUAUUGUUCUUGAAUUGGAGGAUUUGAUUGCUAAGCCACCUGAAUGGGAUAUGCGUACGAGAAACUAG